AUUAAUUUGACAGUCAGAGUUCGCUCGAUUUGACAUUUGUGUUAAAACGUGUGUAAUGUCCAGUUAUAAAGCAUAAAUUCGUCCAAAAACGUUCACGAUGAAUCUAAGGAAACACCAAGGCGACCCAAAUGAAGAUUCCUCAGAGUCGGGUGAUGAAAAUCAAAACAACGUGGAAUGCGCUCACAUCAACAAGGCCGUUGACUUACAAAGGGUGAAGAAGUCCUUGGUUCGUUCUGGCUUCCUCAUGGACUGUGAGGAAUGCAAAAAACUGCCUCCGGACAACGAUAUGGACUUCAUAGAGUACGACCAAUCUUUAUGGCUUUGCCUGAAAUGCGGGAACCAAGCAUGUGGCAGAGGUCGCAAUAAACAUGCACUCAAACAUUAUGACACCCCUCAUUCUGAUUCACACGCCCUUUGUGUGAAUACAACCAUCUGGAGCGUCUGGUGUUAUGAUUGUGAUGACGAGGUCAACGUUUCCUGCAAGAAAAAGCUGCAAGAGGCUGUCGAGUUCCUCAGGAAGCAGGCGGAAUCCAAUAAAAUCAAACAACAGCCUAGUACCACUAGUAUAGCAAGAGUAUUAGAUGAAUUGCCUGUGAUAACAACCACCACCUCCUCCACUAGCAGCAAUGCAGGAGCCAUCCCCAAGACAUUGCCUUUUUCCUCUUCAAAUAUCCCCAGAGCAAGAGGGUUGAGUAAUCUGGGCAACACAUGCUUCUUCAACUCAGUGAUGCAGUGCCUUGGUCAGACACCUUACUUGCUCCAAUUGCUGGAGGAGACAUCUGAGGAUGGCCAGUACUUCAGGUUGCCUGGUGGAAAAUUGACAUUGGAGGAUAAGGAAACUGUUGAUUUGCCACCACUUGAAGGUACUCUGGAAAAGUGGAAACCUCUUACUGGCGCUCUUGCUCAAACCCUGAAAGAACUCCAAAGCGGUAGAGCCGAAGUCUACAACCCACGCCUUCUCUUUUCCAAAUUGAGGACGAAAAUGCCUCAGUUUGGAGGAGGUGACCAACAUGAUUCUCACGAGCUGCUUAGGCAUCUGCUUGAAGCAGUAAGGGAAGAGGACUUGAGAAGAUACAAGACUGUUAUUCUCGAGAAAUUAGGUUUCAAUCUAAAAACAGAUCCGGCAACUGUGGAAGGCGACAAAAAGGCCAUCAUAAAAUUCUACGGGCAGCAGGCGUCCGAUUUACUUACACCUACUGAACAGGUAUUCAGAGGCGUGCUGGUCAGUACGUUGCAGUGCCAAGUGUGCGACCAUAUGUCACAUCGAGAAGAAUACUUUUUGGAUUUGAGUUUGCCGAUUUGCGAAAAACAGCUACCGCCAGUCUUGAGAAGGAAAGCAGAAGAUAUAGAGGAUAAACCUUCCAAACACCAGAUAAAGAAAGAAAAACGUGCCGAAAGAAAAAAGAACAAGAAGCAAAAAAGCAAUCAAAGCUUGUUAUUGAAUUCCAAUACCUCUAUAGUGGCGUGGACCGGCGAAGAAAUGGGCAACAAGUCUGAGAGUGAAUCUGAUGCUGAUAUCGAGGAUAAUGCUGAGGACUCAUCGAACAACAGCGCUCCCCGUUCCAACACCGUAGGCGUCCCCGGCGGUGAAGAAGCCCUGCCGAGCCCUCCUUCGAUCAGCACGAAAGGUUCUGAAUCGGGGUACAACUCGGACAAGGCCGAGGGGGGCGUAGGCCCAGGGCCGCAGGUAUUGGGAGACACGCCACCCGACGCGCGCGCAGUCUCCCCUUCGGCAGGGGACAGUGGCGUGCCGUCGCCGCAAGCGGGGGCUGCGUCUACGCCCGAGGAUAGGAGCCCCGACUCUAGUGAGACCAAUGUGGAUAUGGGGAGUCCGCAGGCGUGUUGUGGGAACAACAGUCCGAAUGAGGAUGUCUUCGAGAACUUUGACUUUGAAAGGCCACAAUCAAGGCUCGCUUUCGCUAACACUGAUCUCAAGAUGGACUUAGAAAAACUUAGUUUAUUGAAUGAUGGUGAUUCCUCCAAAGUCAACAGUUUGUUUCAUCAUGAAGAAAUGGACAGUGAUCUUAAAGGUGCUUGUGGUCCUGUGAUAACAGAAGAUGAAAAGAUGGAAGAAGACGAGUACAUGAUGGACAGCCCCUCAUGGCUCGGCACCAUGUCCGGCGGUCGGUAUCAAUGCGAAGAAGGGGAAUGUUCGAUUCAAUCCUGCCUGAACCAGUUCACAGAGUGCGAGUUAAUGGCCGGUAACAACCGGGUCAGUUGCGAAGUGUGUACCAAAAAAAGUGGUCAAGGCAAAACGGUGUACACGGACGCUAGCAAGCAGUUGCUCAUCUACAAUCCUCCAGCAGUGCUUAUUUUGCAUCUAAAGAGGUUCCAGGUUUUUCGACUCCGCUCAGCCAAAGUAUCAAAAUUCGUGAAAUUCACCACGCUGUUGGACCUUGCACCGUUCUGUUCGAAACGGUCGCAAAACCUGCCAACAUUCGAGGCUGGCCAAACUAGGGUAUUAUAUUCAUUGUACGGGGUGGUGGAACACAGCGGCUCUAUGCAUGGAGGUCACUACGUUUCUUAUAUUAAAGUACGACAACCUUUGGAUCAAAACAGUUAUAGGUGGCAGUACCUGCCAAAGAACCAAAAAGAGAAGCUAGACAACGCGACGAAAAGCGCUCCCAGCGAACCGACGGCACCUUCAGGCAAAUGGUACUACAUCAGCGACUCAUUCGUGAACGAAAUAUCAGAAUCGCAGGUGUUGGGCGUACAAGCUUAUUUAUUAUUUUACGAGAGGAUCCUGUAGUUAUUUCUAUUUAGGUUUAUUUAAUAAAUGUAACGAGGAUGUAGGUUUAUUUUAUCAAAUCGAACGUUUCUUCAAAUAAGUGAAUUAUUAUAAGGCAAUGGACAAAUUCCUGGAACAUUCUUAUACAAUUACGGGUAUUUAUUAGUCGGUCAGCGAAAAAAUGUAGGAAUGGAAAUGGCGAUUGUACCGGUUUGAGAAACUGUCGGCGCUGUUACUUUUUUCUCUUAAAUUGAUGAUUUGUUUUUGUGGGAUAUUUAAUGUCGCAUGUCCCUUUUUU